GACUCUCCAUGAUGGAGUAAGAGCUCUCGCCGUGCUGUCCUCUGUUGAGUUGCGACACGAGUCAGUACUCGCAUUGGCAAUCCCUCCAUUCCCCUUGCGGCGUCCCUUGCGAGUGUGAGGCAUUUACAGAUCUACAUGUUGUCUAUAGGAUGCUGCGAUGCCCAUGAGUUUUCCUAUUGCCUCAGAGCCGCUCGUGCCUGUACAGAAUGGCCGACCUUCCCAACCUCAAGAAGCUGCGCCCAUGCGGCAGACUAGAAACAUACAGCACCGCGCGACACCAUCUCGGUUUCUACAAGAACGUUGGCUUUACCGCAGAAUAUGUGGCAUCAAAGAACCCUCAAUCAUCGCUCGAAGUGCGAAUCUAUACUGCGCUCCGAAAAGUUAUUGCUCAGCACCCGGUCCUGACAACUGUUACGCUGAAUGAAGAUCAAUCCUAUCCCAACGUAUAUUUCGCGCAACUCCCUGAGAUCGAUCUACGCACCUGCGUAGAGAUAUACGAGCGAAAGACAGCAUUCCCAAACGAUGGCGAGGCGGACGAAGAGCUCGAUCGAUACCUAGUACAGCAGCAUAGCCGCGAUUUCAAGGACGACCUAGGUUCGAAGCCUUUCUGGCGGUUACUGGUCUUGACUUCACCACACGACAUAUCCAAGUUCACGGCGACGUGGAUUUGGCACCAUGCGCUAGCAGACGGAACGUCAGCCUUCUCAUUUCACAGAUCAUUCCUGGCUGGCCUCAACACUCCGGAAGGCAUCGCAGAUACGAUUGUCAAGUCUUCAUCUGCGGAUCUAGCGCCGCAAUUAGAGGACUUGCAUCCAAUGACAAUAACGUGGCCUUACUUCAUUAAGGCCAUUCUUGGUGCCUUGUUACCUUCAGUAUUCGCAAAGCGACCUCCGAAACUAUGGGCGGGCAACCCUAUACAGCCGAACGCUACGCCGAUUCCGCCACCGCGCUAUCGCACGCUCGUCUUGUCGAAAGCGACUACAGAUAAGCUGGCUCAGGUUAGCCGAUCCGAAAAGACAAGCGUAACAGCAACGCUGCAAUGCCUUCUCGCCGCGUCACUCUUCACCUGCCUCCCAGCAGAAGACUGUGAGAGGCUUCAGAUUGAAGGCCCGAUAUCGAUAAAGAGAUUCUUGAACGUGGAAGAACAGCAGAUGACCAUGACAAUUGCCGAAUAUGCGUACCUUCACGAGCGCGUCGCAAUUCGAGAAUCUAAACUCAAAGAUUCAGCAGGACAUGGUGUCUUACAGCAAUUCUCAUGGGACACUGCACGCGCGGUGAAAUCCAUAAUAUCCACAGAAGUCGCCAAGUCUGGCACCGACAACCCCGUUGCGCUGCUGAGAUACAUCUCUUCUAUGCAGCAGCACUUCCUCGACAAAUUAAAUAAGCCUCGCAAUUCUGCAGCAGAACUGUCCAGUGCAGGAGUAUGGAAGCAUACACAGAGUGCAGGGGUAUGGACCGUCGGUCGAAUGGUGUUCAGCCAAUCUCCCAAUGUUGUGGCCAAUGCUUUAAAACUCAAUGUUGUAACAGGUGGCGAUGGAAACGCGACGUUGAACUUUUGCUGGGCUGAGGAUGCUGUGGAAGAGCAGCUCAUGCGGGAUAUCAUCGAGGGAGUUAGGACUGGGAUCGAAGAUUUAGUAGAAGGGAGCCAGGAGUAGAUAAAAUAGUUGCAAGUUGGAGGCGGCUGUAUCUUUUGUAUCCGCUGGUCUGCGUAGUAAUAAUAGUUUCAACGCCUAUGCACCGAUGAAGCACAAGGAUAAUCCAUAGCACGCUCUCCAAGGCGAACACAAAGAGGGUCUAAGGAAAGGCCACGAUUGCAUGAUGUCGUCAUACUGACUGACGGGUUGUCCUGAGCUGGAAGUCUUACAUCAGCACUUCACCUGUGAGCCG